AUGAUCCCGGCGAGUCAAGCUGGAAGUUGCAACCUCCUUCUAAGCCCCGUCCAGCGUUCAGUCGUUGCUUUCAGAGGACGGAGGGAGGAGGAGGAAUUUUCAGCCCUAGAUAUGGGUAGAAAGCGAUGUGGCAUGUGGAGAAUUUCAGGAAACGUAGACGAUAGCUGCGGUAUAGCAUUCCCACUGGCUACUUCGAAACUUGCAACAAUCAAUGGCACCUUUGCAGCCCUUCGUCUUGUGUGGACAUGUAUGGACGGCUUUGAACUGAUUACCGGCACUACAGCGGAAGUCAUUCGGAACCUACACGGCCGCCCAGACGGCGUCAAGUCAAUUAUGGUCAUAUAUGUCACAUGGAGAAAAGACAAUCAAGUGAACAGAGAGUUUGGAGUUCCAUUGAAUCCAAGAGACUACAACAUGUAUCUAUGA